AUGGUUCUCACUGGAUGCAUUCCCAAUCACCCUAAGGGGAUGCGCUCUCGAGUGAUUAAGGAGUUAUGGUACUAUACUAAUCACCUCAAAACACUCAACUCUAGGAUCAGACUUGGCACCGCAUAUGCGACCGGAGCUCAGGAAUUUCCAAAGUCUUCGCAGGUCGCAGCUGCUAUGAAUAAGGAGGCUUCUAGUAAGCCGAUUAAAGUGGUGAGCCCCGCUAAGCAUCGGGUGAAAAAAGCCUCCAAACCGAUUUCAUUAAAGGCUCCUUCAAAUUAUGAAGCAGACCCCUUUCUUGCUACCUAUAAAGUAUUAAUGAAAUAUGUUCCGAAUAAAAAGGCAGAUGCGCGUAUGAGGGCCAUCUCAAAGGCAUGGAUGCGGACGGAUAUAUCAGAUGGAAAGGACAGAAGGACACCCGAGCAGCGCAUUCAGGCUGUCGCCAACGAACUCGCUAUAAGAACCCCAUUCACAUAA